AUGUCCGCGGAGGAGGUGAAGAAAAAGAGCUACGACGAUAUCCUGCUACAUUUGUGCUUGACAAAGGAUGACAAGAUUAAGCCUGUCUUGUAUAAAUUCAUCCCCGUGCUGCUGAACGAACUGCUAAUUAACCAAGGGACGCCCCCAAAAACACUGAUAGAAAUUGUGAGUCACUGCAUUUUGAGAUGCAAAUCGUUUGAGCGGAUUGACAUACCCCUGUCGGACAUAGUGGGGAAUUAUUUGCAACACGUGGGCAAUGCGAAAGGGAACAGGAUCCUAUAUAACAGCACCUUGUCUAUAUUUUUAGAUAUCGGUUUUAAGAGCGUAGAUGAUGGAGAGAAGAUGAAAUUUCAAAAGAUGCUAAUAGAAAAUGGGGCCCAGUUAUCAGCGGACAGGGAAAUGGGUAUCCUUAUGAUGAUAAAGUUUAUCGAAUGUUUGGAGAUUCUAAAUGACGAGAAGAAUAAGAAGGAGAUGGAGGAAUACUUUUCGAGGGAGGGUAAUAAGGAGGAGGCUGCAUUGGACAAUCAGAUUGUCCAGUUCAUAAAGCACAUGAAUGAAUUUUUGGCUAUACCGAUAUACUGCAAAAAUGUGGAGGAAAUAAAAUUUCUUCCAAGUGAUGUUAUUAAGAUAUAUAAGGACAAAUUUCGAAAUAGUAAAAAUUACUCGGUGCAAAAUCACAUAAAAAUGAAGAAGAAUACGCUAUACUUUUUGAGCAGUUUUGUGUGCAAUCACAAUCUGAGUUACGCUUCAUACGUUAUUUGCUGCACCGAAAAGUAUGACGAAAUUAAGGAGUAUGCCAAUUCGCUUCUACUUGGGAAGAAGCGAUUUGUAAAUUUUAAUGACGCCCAUUUUAUAGCCACAAAUUUGGACAUACUGAAAUAUUUUGAUAAUAAUAUGUACCCAGUGCAGUAUGCGGUAAAAAUUUUGACUUUAUUUCUGAACAGCUCUGAGGUAGCAAUCGAUAGGGCACACAUACACACAUUGAUGAGUUAUAUAUUUUUUUUCUUCUUCCACUUUGUUAAUGAUAUGAAGAACAUCCAUUUUGAGACAGAGUUUUCCAAGUUUCAAGUUUUAUUCCAUGACAAAAAAGAGUUUGUAAAAUUUUUAAAUCGACAUGGAUACACCAUCAUCAGGCUGAAAAAUGAAGAUUUGAAAAAGUGUCUUUUCAGUUUAAUGUUGUUCAUUCUGGAAAAAACCCCAAAUGAGUUUCUGCAUGAGUAUAUUGAGUGUAUUUUCCAUCUCAUUUUUUGUUACCUGAAAGGGUUGGAUGAGGAAGGAACGGAUGCUGACCAUGGUGGUAGUGACAAUUAUGGGGUACUUACAGAUAUCUCUACUAUGAUAGAUAAAUUUUUCGAAAAGCUUCUCAGGGAGGACAAAAUUAAUAUGACCGUGUUGGGAAGGGCAUAUACUUUGGCUUACUCCUUCUUUGACAAGCUGAAAAGGUUUAAGAGGAGGAGCAGCGAGUCCUACAUACGGCAUAAUGAUAUAACCAGAGUUCUGUUCGCCUUGGAGAAGUACUUCCAGAGGUGCAUGCAAGUGGGGGAGGUGGUAGGAGAAGGGGUCCAACAAACGGGGAAGUGCGUAGAUCGUAUAGAAGAAAAUGUGGAAUCGUGUGGUCAUAUGGGUAACUCUAUUUCAUCAGGACAAAAUGGACUGUUUGAAUUGAAGGGGAAGAAAAAAGGAGUUCCUUCAACACACAGAAAAGACAUUCGAAAAAUAAUAGCGCAGAAUGUUGAGCAUUUAUUGGAUCAAUUUGUACCGUUCGCAGAUAACGCGUUGCUAAUUAGUGUGGUGAUUAAAUGGGCCGUUAGCAUUUUCGCCUCGGGGAGCUGUGAAUGUGUGUACUACCCGCUGCUGUUUGAAAGGAGCAGUAACGUCGUUUUGUCAGACUUAGCAAGGGAUUAUUUGAAAGGGCAGAAUAAGGAAAAGAAAAUCUCGUUUGACGAGUACACCUUUUUUAUUUCCAAAAAGUUGUUUCGCGUGAACGACGGGUGUGUGGUUCGCCCGUUUGGUGCUGCGUAUGGGGAGGUAAGCGGCGAGGACGGUUGCGUUGAUAAAGUUUGGGACGGAGGAAAUUACGACGGAAGCAAUUACGGCGAAUGCAAUUGUGAAAAAGGAAAUUGCGAAGAAGAAUCAUUAAAGUACAGCCAAAUAGCGCAACCCAGCUGGGUUGCCACACAAAGUGCAGACUUUGCUACCGAAUAUGCAAACACGCAUUAUGCAGAGUAUAGGCUAGACCAACUGCACAAUCUGCUUGAGUACUACAAGAAGAUAACCUUUUGCUCCUUCUCCCAUGUUGAAAGUGUCUAUUAUGCCCUUUUAAUACUGGACCUAUUUCUAAUCGGGACGGUAAAUCGUGAAAGGAAUAUGAAGGAGGAUUACCUAGUUGUGUACUGCUCCGUUUUUACGCUGAUUUUAAAGAGGCUACGUACCUUCCUGAAGAGAAUCAAAAAGGAAGAAGUAGACGCGAACUUUAGGAGAAAACAAUUUGAAAUUUUAAAAAAUAGCGAGAGGGGACUGUACACCCAUUUGGUUAUUUUAGCAAAGAUAAGAAUGCAGUUAAUUUUAAGCAACAUGUUGUACGUAGGCAAUCACAAGCUGGUAAAGAAGGCAACAAAGUUGUUGACCAGAAUAUAUAUGCUAGGCAAGGAAACGCACGCGAACCUAUUUGACGACCUAGUGAUUGGUUUCAAGUCAGAAAAUGUGGAAAAAGUAGCCGAAAAAUCGAAGGAGGAGAGUUACGUACUAUGCGCACAUAUGUACCUAUUUGGCUACUUAAUAAAAAAGGAAAAACAAAUUGAUGAGAGGUAUUCCAAGGUUGUAGAAGUGGUUACGAAUUGUUUACUUCACACACAUCAUAGCUAUGUGAAGGAAAAGAAAAAAAUUGAACAGCCCGAUUUGUUGAGGUACUGUUUUAAGUUCCUCCGUUUGGUGUUUUUUUCGAGACACUUUGUACAGACAUGGCUUCAAAUGGUAAAAGAAAGUAGCUACUCAGAAUUGCCCCAAGGGGGAGAAGAUUGCGCUGUUCAAAUUCGUUAUAUAGUGGAGGUCAUCAUGGAGAUAUUGAAAUACGCCAAGGGGAAUUUAAAUGGCGCUAAUAUAUGUUUAGUAAAAAAUGUGUUAAAGCUGUUAAGCUGCUUACCCACGCUGAGAGAUGAUGGGAUUAAUGCCAUUCUAAAGGAGGACAUAAGGGACUCUGUCCAUGUGGAUAAUUUACAAAUUCAACAACUCUAUGGUCGUUACAUAUCGCAGAUGAUUCUUCGAUUAGAGAAAACCUAUGCAGAUAAGAUAGCAUCCGAUUUUUUAAGUUCCAUUUUGGACCACACGAAUGUGAAGGAAAAAGGUGGAAACAAAUUUCUGUGCAUAAUUUUGUGCUAUGUUAUAAAUUACAACCCGUUUUUGGAACACAUAAAGAGGAACUUCGAAUCGAUAGCGGAUUUUUUCAUUUCGCUUAUCAAAUUAAGGAGCGAUAUAUAUUCUGAGUACUGCUUUGUGGGGUUAAGCAGUUUGUUUUUUGCCCUUUCCGUUCAGUCCAUUGUGGACAUUAAUGAUGUGGAGAACCUGCUGAGGGCACUUUGGUUUUUAAAGGGAGGAAAAAAGAGCAGGGGAAAAGGCACAACUGUUGAAGAGGUCAAUGGAGUAACUACAUUUUCGAACGAUGUAGAAGGGCUUGCUAGGACGAGCAAAAUGGAGGCCUUCUCAAAUGUUGCAAAAUUGACGAAAGAGAAAAAUACGCUUCUAAGGAAGGAGCGAAAAAUGAGUUGCAACAUUUUGGAGCAGGCAAAGGAUUACCUUGACGAUAUAUCCCUAUUGGGUGAAUCCAAGGGGAGAAUCCCUAACCAAGAGGAAUCGCAUAAACAGGCGACGUUGGAGAAUAAAGGCCGUAGCUCCAUUGGUGUGCCUAUCUCAAUGGUGGAGAAGGAAACGGUGGAAAAAUUCGCCGAAGGGGUGUACCGCACCUUCAGUGAUGCGAAUGAAAAUUUGUUGUACAAAACGUAUUUUAGAAAGAAGGAAAAAGAAGUAGAUAAUAAUUUUAUAAACGAAAUAAAGAAGUUUGAAAGUAGAAAAGACUACGUCUUGAACAAUGUGUAUGAUUAUGUUAGUAGCGAAAGGAACAUUGAAUUAAUUGGGCAUUAUACAUCCCUGGGAAGGCACUGCUUUAACUAUGUGUAUGCCUUUCUGUUCAUGCAGUACUCUGACUUGGCGCUGUACAGGUGCGACAAAAAAGUGAGGGAUUUUUUCGCCCAUGACGUGGGAAAAUACGACGGCAGCGGUUUGGACAGAUACGGAAUGACUUACUUGUUGGGUAAAUUAAGAGGGGGUAGCAAUAUCGACCAAGCUGGAAGUAGCGAGCAGGUGCACUCAUAUCAGUGCGUCCCCUCCUCUAGUGUGUAUGAUUUUAAGAAGGCUAACAAAAGACUCUGUCAUAUCGUAAAGGCCAUUUGUAAGGAGCUGUUAGUACGUGUGAUAAAAGCGCGGCACGAAAUAAUAAAAUUAAAAAUUUUUCAACACAUAUCGGUGGCAGAUGUGAGUAGGACAAUGAAACGGGUAGAGCGGGAGUUCUUACAAAUGAAUUUCAACUCCACCGAUUCUGCUUGCGUGAUGGAUGCUCUCAACACUGAGCUGACCACUUUCGUCGCUGAUAACCAUAACGAGCUAAUUAACGAUGCCACGUUGAUCUUCGUAACAGAUAUUCUUAAGAAGAUAGACUUAAAAACGUUUUGCCAAAAAAUGGGCUCCUUUUUGUCCUUCAUUUGUGCCGUAAUUGAGUCAGCCCUGAUGAACAAAGAAAUAUGCAUCACCUUUUUGAACACAUUUAAAAGUGCUUGUGUUAGGUUUUUUUCCGAGUUGGGUAUCCCGCAGAGGGGUAAUCACGUCGGUGUUGGGGGUAGCGGAUUAUCCACUCUGAACAGUGCGGGGAGCACCCAAGAGCAAGGGGUAACUCCCCCAAGUGGAGAACCAUGCACAACGAAGUUGCAUAGUAAGAAAGAAGAAGAAACCCCUGAGGAGGAUCACCCACGAGGAAGUAGCCAUACGAACGAAAUUAUACAAAAAUUACUGCAAUAUUACCAAAAAUUUGAAAGCAAAAAAAAGGUAGAACUAUAUUUUAGAGACUGCCUAAAUAGUUGCAUUCUGUCAUCGGAAGGUCUCGGCUUCCACGUCAAGACGUUGCUGCAGUUUUAUAUACGUAACAGCGAAAAGAUGGAAACAGAUUAUACCGACCUGGCAAUACCAAAUGAGGGGAAGGACGAUAGUUACACAAAAAAGGAAUUAUUUUUUAUCAAAUUAGUAAAGUAUAAUAAUUUAGAAAAGGAAAAAGAAAUUUUAGAGAAAAUAAUCAGCAACUAUGAACAUUUAAUAUACAUCGAAGAAAGCGUCAAACAUAUUUUUUCAUUUUUAUUUGAAGAGAAUAACGUAGGUAAGUUUAUGUUAAGUUCUGUUUCUUUUGUAAUUGUGAAGUUACUAGAUAAGUACGAAGUGUUACUAAAGGGUAAUGCAUUUUUAAAUGUGCAAUUUUGCAUAACGGUUUUUUCCUCCAUUUCGGAGUUUAUUUCCAAGCACAUGUGUAAUUGUUACUUGUCUUAUAUGAACGAUUUGGUAUACUACCUGGUGCACAGAAUUCCGUUCUACCAUUAUGUAAAAUUUGUACACUGUACGUUGCUAGGUGAUCAUUUCGAAUCGACUCGCCAUGUUAGGGAUGUGCAGCAGGCCAGAAAUUACUGCAGUGAGGUAAUACUUUACUUGCUGAAGAAGAAAUACCUUCUCGAUUUGGAUGAUGAGAAUAUUUUCAGGGACCAAAGGAGAGUAGGUGAUAUAAAGCAGUAUGAAGAUUUAAAGAUGGUGCAUGAUGUGAACUUCCAGGUGAAAGAAUUUAUCGGAGGAGGCAGAUUCAAGGAGAUGGUGGAGCAAGAAAUAGGAGGUACACCAUUGGGCUGUGAAGAUAGAUAUUUGGAGCGUGCUGAUGCAUCGAACUGUCUACCCCUUUUAACCUUAAUCGGUGAACUGGUAAGAAGCCCCACUAUAGUCGAUCAGGAAGUAAUUUUACACCAGAAGAGUGAUACAGAAGAAAGGGUAAGAAAGUAUGUUGAAAAAAAAUUAACUUUACUUGGGUCGAACCAUAAUGUGGUCAUCUCUGCACAUCUGCGUGAGACAGUGACCAAAGUUCUGACAGCCGAAAUUGUUUCCGUGUGCAAAAAGGAAAUGGAGCAGAAAAAGACAUUCGAAGAAGAAAAUAAAAUGAUGCUAAAAAAAAUGGAGUCCAAAUUAAUUGCCACAAGUUUUAUAAUAAAAAAUAUGAAAAAUAUUGAUAAUAAUUAUUAUAAAGAUGUCUACGAAAUUUUACAGAAGAGAAACAUUUUUCACUUUUACAAAUUUUUUAGUGAGUACGUAGAACAGUUCCACACCUUUUUGGAUUCCACCUUCACGAAAGAUAAGAAGGCAUGCUUUACAUCGAUAGAAAAAUUUAUCGAUUUCUUCAUUGACAUGUAUAAGUGCGAAAAUUGUGACGAGUUGGAAGGAGAAAAUGUGGAGAAGUUUUUAAAUCUCUUCUACAAGAUAAGGGACUUGUUUAGGGGGGCCAGAAAUGGGGAAGGUGACCUUUGCUUUUUCUCUAUUUUGGCGCUUUUAAAAUGCCUUACUUUUAUGCUCUUCCUUUUGGUUAGAAGUAAGGCGAAUGGGGACAAAAUGGAAAACGUGUCCGUCAAUCUUCGAGUUAUUGUAAAAGGGGUUCAAGUUGAUGAGGGAGAGAUUUACACCCUGUUUAAUGAGAUUUUGGACGCCCUUCUGGAUGUACGCGAAUUUGAGUUGUUUCAGCACAUGUACCUAUUCGUUUUUAAUAUUCCCUCUACUUAUUUGGAAAAUUUUAAUUUUGUAAAAUUAUGGAAGUGCGUCCUUUUUUUUAUAAAUAAAUAUUUCCAUAGCUGUAAUGAGAGUGUCUCUAAUUAUGACAGCAGUUUAUGUGUCCACUUCUUUAAGUUGGGGAUGUGCCUGUUGUGCUAUUUCCUGUCUAGGGAAGAUGACAUGAGGACUUGGCUGCACCUUUUCAACUAUCAGUAUUUAAACAGGCUCUUUAAAAUGGAGCACCUCCAUAGCUUUCGAUUCGAAACAAAUGAGGAGUAUCGUCAGGAGGAUAUCGUUAACGGUAUGCGCUUUGAAGAGGCGAGGGAAGCACAAGGUGGUACAAAUAAUAAAUAUUGGCGAAUUAGGCAAAUUGGGCGGAUCGAGCGACGUGAGCGAAGCGGGCGAAGCGGUCAGGAUGACUCACAAAACUGCGAGCAAAAUGCGCUCCCAAUCGGGGAAGAAGCGUUUUUUUCCAAUCACAUAGAAAAAUUCAUAUGCCUCCUAUUUGAGGUUAGCAAAGAAAAUGUGAGCAUUUUAGCUGUACUAAAAACAUUUUUUCAAUUCCUUUUUUGUAACAAAAUAUUUUUGCACCAAAUAGGCGAGUCAGACAUGUGGGAAAAGGUAUAUAAUUAUAUUUACCUUUCCAUUGUGAGAAACAAAGCGAAGAAAGCAUUUGACCAUUUGAUGGACAUACUAAACAUACUUUUGUGUAUGUACAACUCUUACGGUUAUAAAAAUGAGCGCGAUAAAGAGAUAUGCUUGGACAUAAAAAUUAAAGAAUUUAGUUUUGGCCUUUUUGGUGAAACUGCGAAGAGUGAUAAUGUGAGCUCUGGCUUGCCCACGUUCCUGUUUAUCACUUUUUUUAAGAUACGAGAAAAGUCCAAGUUGUUUGUGUUUCCCGACCACGUCACUCAGAAUUUGCGGUAUUCCAUAAUGCUCAAUUACCCGCACUUUUUUUUGUGA